AUGAUGAUAUCCACGAAUAUUGAGAGCCCUCAAUAUCAGAGUAAUAGUGGUGAUACUCCUAACAGUAAAGGAAAUGUGAAUGGGGUGGGCAUGAUGCAAUCAUUGUCGUUAAGCAGUAAUAGUAAUUGGGAGCAAAAGAAAGGAAUCCCAACGUAUGAGGAAAUUCUUGCAAGAUGGGGCCUUGAGCAUGGGCAUCAUUCUCACAGAGCUACUCCAUCAAGUGUUUUGUCCAAACUAUGUGGCUGUUGUUUCGGAGGGACAAGUAGUGAAAACCGAUAUCAGAAAGAUUUUACUCCAACUCCAGUAUUGCCAAGCAUGCAAGAUUUAGUGACCCUUAUUACAGCACCAGGUAUUGCUGCUGAUUCUAAGGAAAUUACCAUACUGAAUAAGCCUUACACGAUCAACAUGGAAAUUAAUGAAAAGGAUAUCAUUGAAAAAUACAUCAAGAUGCUCCCGAAUCAAAGUGUUUCAUCCUUGAAUCUUUCCUCUUCAUCAUUCAACACCCCACAAAAGCGAUCGGGUAGCAAAAAGAAUUUACAAGAUAGCCUCACAAAGAAUAGUAGUAGUAACAGAUUUGAAUCUGAUGCAAUCAAACAAGGUAAAUUGGAGGAUGACAUUGUCAUUCGAUCAAAUGCAUCACCUCUUUCUCCAAGAAAUGUAAAAAGCAAUCCUGAGUUCACUCCUACAACCACAAUGCCGACAAUCCCAGGUACGCUCGGAAAUGAUCCACCUCAGCCAACAACGCCACGAGGAUCCUCGAGGUCUUCAGUCAUGUUCAACAAUGAAGAUUUGUUUUUUGGAGGAGGGGAAGAAGAGACUGAUGACGAUUUUCAGAGCUACGAGUUUGGUAACAAUGACGACUCAUCAAUAAGUAAGACUAGAUUUUAUGGUGUAAAUAUGCAAGCAGGGGAAUCAUUUUCUUCACUUCCAUCAAUGAGAGCACCAGCACAAUUUGAAGGAAUGAAUGUGGAGAAUUUAUUAGCAUCUCUGGAUACAGAAGAUAGUGAAGUGUUUGGCACUAAUAUCAAAGACAUUCAAUCGGACAAGGAAAGUGAAAAAGAAAAGAAACGAAAGGCUCUUGUCAGUAUUCAGUUAUUCAGAAAGGUAGACGAGAUUAACAAGUACCUCGAAAAAAGUACAAAAUGCACAAAAUACGUCUACAAAAAGCCACAAAAAGAAAUUGAAAACCUACUCAAAAUCAAUGCAAUUUUUAUCGAUUGGAAGCUUGUAUUGCCUCCUGCCAUGAACUACAUCUAUCUCAUUACCCCAUUUCCAGAGAUGAAUCAAUAUUCUGUAUUUAAUUUGAGCAAGUUUGGAAAAUUAUUGGAAAUAAUUGGUGCAAGUAAGAAAUUUGCUGAAGAGAGAAUUGAUUUAAUUUUAUACCUAUUUAUCGAGCUGCUGACCAAGUUAAUUGCUCAAAAUAUCAACAUUUACAUAGACGUUUAUAAUUUGAUGAUUUGGAAAAAUUUGAAAUCCAAAAAUGAUGCUUUCUUUAUUAGCAUCAAUCCAGCUCUGGAGUUCACAGAAAGACCAAUAACUAUUCGAACAGUGCGAACCAUGAUGAAUCGUUUAAUUGUGUCCCUGUUUGACACAAAAAUUAAGAGCAUCGUAAAAUAUGAUGCAACUUCUUCUCGACAAAGACAACCACACGAAAUGGUUUUUGUGUUGCCAAAUCCUGUGGACUCUCAGUCAGACUUUUUCAUUACAAUGAACUUGAAAGACUUUCCAAGCAAAUACAUGUCUGUUCUUCUUGUCCUUAGCGAAGAUUAUGAUAUAAGAGCAUAUAAUGUGCUAACAUAUACAAAGAAGCUUCUCAAUAUACUAAAAUCCAUGAAGGAGUGCAGAUGGUUCAAUAACGUUCUCGAAAAUAAGUUUGAAAAAGCUCCUCUCAUAGAUGAUCCAUUUAAUGAUUACGAAAAUAUUGCCCACAAGUCAAAACCACAGCUCAUUCUUCUAAUGAAAACUCACAACAUUUUUCCAGAUCAAUAUUCAUCAAGAUACAUUACAACGCCAAUGGGGGUGAGAUAUAAUAACAUUAAUGGCAAAUCAAAGUUCUUAGCUAAGUAUUACGCUUCCAUUGACAGUAGAUCGGUGAUUUUGGAAAAUAUUGAGUACAGCCUAAAUAAUUUUUUAGAAAUUGUUGACAAGAGGUUCAUUGGCAGAGACAGAGUUCAAGUUUAUCACAUAAUGUUAGUUCUACUCCAAGUCAUUAAGGGAGUUUGUUUUCUUCAUUCGAGAUGUAUUGCUCAUUUGAACAUUAAUCCUUUCACUGUACUCAUUCAAAGCGAUGACUCGGAAUUGACAUCCUCCGAGCUUGUACGAAAACACUUCUCGGUCAAGUAUUGUGUAAAGCUAUGUGGAUUAGAUUGGUCAAUUGAAUGUACAGACGAAAGCGGUCAAUUACACUGCCCUGUGGAUCUGCAAUCAUCAUUCGGUGUGUUAGACAAGUACCAAAAUUCCUGCAGUUCAUUUAGAUAUGUAAUGCUGUACAAUAUUUUUACAGAUGAAGGUCUGAGUAGGGUUGCGGGAACAUCGGACAAAGAAACGUUAAUCAAAAUGCAAGAAAUUAUACCAUUCAUGGCUCCCUAUAUGUUUUUUCACAAAAAAGUUCAUUUAGGAUGUGACUAUUACUCGGUAGCCAUGCUCAUAUAUUUUUGCUUAUUCAGAAAAGACACAUCGAAUUGGCUUUCUAAUUUUUCUUCGUAUCGAAAGGCCAAUGGAUUUUUUAAUUGGGAAGCAUUCUUUAUGGAUAUGGAACAUAAAAGAUUUGACCAUUGCCUUCCAUGCAGACCAGAUAUCCAACCAGAACUUAAACCCAUUAAGGAAAUGAUGAUGAAACUGUUUUCUCACUACAAGGAGUACAGACAUCAUGAUUCGAGCACUCUGAAGGUUCUGUUCACUUCAUCCCUUGCUGACACAUUAGGCAGCACUGCUAGAAAUAUUUUAGUGCAAUCUGUUGAAAAUGGUGAAUUCAACCCUGAAAAACUGAGCUCUCCAUCGAUGCGAAAAAACACAGCAAGUUCUCAAAAUGUGGAAGCAAAUACCACCAUCAUUUCAGAGACCAGAAUUUAA